UUCCAGCGCUAACGCCGGAAUGGUUGCUUUAUUCCUAUUACGGCUGCACGUUUCUUCGGGACUCGUGUGUGGACAGGCGCCGGCUGCUGUGACAGUCUCGUUUGCAAAACCCGAGUGUUGGGACGAUGUGCUCAUGGGGACAGUAGGGGUGCGUAUAGCUGCAAAAUUCAUCACUCAUGCACCACCUGGGGAAUUCAAUGAAGUGUUUAAUGAUGUUCGGUUGCUGCUUAACAAUGACAAUCUUCUUAGGGAAGGGGCAGCCCAUGCAUUUGCUCAGUAUAACAUGGAUCAGUUCACUCCUGUGAAGAUAGAAGGGUACGAUGACCAGGUAUUAAUUACAGAACAUGGUGAUCAGGGUAAUGGCAGAUUUUUAGACCCAAGGAACAAGCUUUCCUUUAAGUUUGAUCAUUUACGGAAAGAAGCCAGUGAUUGCCAGCCAGAAGACACAGAUGCAGCACUCAAGUCUUGGAGGGAUGCUUGUGACAACGCAUUAAGAGCCUAUGUGAAGGAUCACUACCCGCAUGGCUUUUGUACGGUUUAUGGAAAGACUAUAGAUGGGCAGCCAACGGUCAUUGCUUGCAUUGAGAGUCAUCAGUUUCAGCCCAAAAACUUCUGGAAUGGGCGCUGGAGGUCAGAGUGGAAGUUUACCAUCACACCACCUACGGCUCAGGUGGUUGCUGUACUCAAGAUCCAGGUACAUUAUUAUGAAGAUGGUAAUGUGCAGUUGGUUAGUCACAAAGACAUACAGGAUUCUGUAGCUGUUUCGAAUGAUGUUCAGACAGCCAAGGAUUUUAUUAAAAUUAUUGAACAUGCAGAAAAUGAGUAUCAGACAGCAAUCAGUGAAAAUUACCAGACUAUGUCAGACACAACGUUCAAAGCCUUACGCCGCCAACUGCCUGUCACCCGUACCAAGAUUGACUGGAACAAAAUCCUCAGCUACAAGAUUGGCAAAGAAAUGCAGAACGCCUAAGGCCAGAGCAGAAGUGGUGUAGGAAAUGUUAGCAUGCAAAAACAAAGCAAAACACAAAAUGUGUUCCUAUGUCAAGUAGGAGGUUUCUCUGACAUGUUGGCAUCUGUCUAGGGCUUUCAGAGCUAACAGGUUUUCUAGUCUCAUGAAGGACUGCUGCAAACAUCGCAUUGUCUGUGUAUUGUUUUGUCUCUGCCAUGUAAGUUUCUUGUGCAGAAGUAUCCAUGGAUUUCCUAGGAUUUCUUCAUUCAGCCACUUUGAGACCAGUGAUAUCACUCUGUUCUUGUGCUGAUUGGAAAGCUUCUUAGCUGGAAGAGCCCUUCUUAGAAAUGCAAGCUGGUAAUUGUUGGGGAUACUGUUCCAGAACUCUUACUAGCACUCCAAGUGCUGCAUUCAGUUCAACAGGACUGCUGGCAGCUUUAAGGUAUCACACUGCACCAGAUACACCUUGUCCUACCUUGUCCCCAUGACUGCCAAUUUCCACCUAGCAAUAUUCUCUAGGCUUAGCUUUUAAUGUUUGCAAGGUGUUUACAAGAUUCUCCCCAGAAGUCCCAAAAAGGCCAGAUUGUCUGGAAUGGGUUAUAUGUGGGAGGAGUUUUUUGUUUUUGUUUUUUAUCCAAAGACUCUUGAGGCACAUUUUCUUCAAGUGAAUUUUUGUCUUUUUUUUCCCUGGAAGUACAAUUUAAUAUAGACAUCUGCAUUUUUACAGAAUGGGUCCCCCAUUUUUCUUUUUAAAAAAUAAUGUCUGAUUGCUGUCAAGACAUCUUGUUUAGACUGAGAAGAAAUUACAGAACUUGUUUAUGGAAAGUUGGGCUUACUCUGCUUUAAUGCUUUGUGGCAAGUUGAUGGCAUUUAUACCAGAGACGUAUGAAUGGACAUGUACAAAUGGUCAAUAAAAGAUUUGCACCAAA